GCCGCAGUGGAGAGGAUGACUUGUGGUGCACGCAGGCCGCACGCAGCUCCCGCAACCACCAUGAUUAUCAUGCAUGUCUGCACCGUGUCGCCAUUUGACUUACUCCCGUGCGUGUGUGAGUUAAUUCUGCUGGAUUUGACGUGGAAGAGGAUUGGAGGCGGAGAGCCCGCCCCUUAGAGCUCGCUGCUGCCGCUGAGAAGAAGAGGAGGAGGAGGAGGAAGAAGAAGAAGAAGAAGAAGAAGACACGUCCACUAAACAGAAUUUGUUGGUGGAGGGGGGGCUCUGCGGAACUGAGCGAAGAGUGCGGGGUCUCAUGAUGCUUUAAACCGCUCCAGCUGUCAAGCUUGAGGACUUCGCUGCGAGGCGGAGAAAGAGAGAGAGAGGAGGGGGGAAAAGUAACGGCUCGAGCGAUGCCCUCCGCGGUCGCAGCCCCGAGCUCGCUGGACGAAGCCCCCGCGGGAGAGCGCGCGGCGGGCGCCCUGUGGUCCUUCGCUAAAUGCCUGGGCGCGCUGCUGCCGGUGUACCUGGCCGGGUACUACGGCUUCAGCAUCAGCGUGGUGCUCCUGGGGCUCCUGGUCUACAUGGGCUGGAAGCACGCCAGGCUGGACAAAGCCAGGCGGCUCAACGCGGCCAUGUACCUACUGGAGAACGAGAGGGAAUUCACCACCGCCCAUCUCUUCCGAGCCAAACGGGACCUGCCACCCUGGGUCAACUUCCCAGAUGUGGAAAAAGUGGAUUGGGUGAACAAGCUCUUACAGCAAGCGUGGCCUUUCAUCGGGCAGUUUCUGGAGAAAUUACUCCUGGAGACCAUCGCUCCAACCAUCCGAGCUUCCAGCAUUCAUCUGCAGACCCUGAGCUUCACCAAGGUCAACCUAGGAGACAAGGCUUUAAAAGUAUCUGGCGUGAAAGCUCACACAGAACAUGACAGGAGACAAGUCAUGUUGGAUUUAUACCUCAGCUAUGCCGGCGAUGUCGAGAUCAACGUAGAAAUCAAGAAGUACUUUUGCAAAGCUGGGGUUAAAGGGAUUCAGCUCAAUGGGAAGCUGCGUGUGAUCCUCGAACCUCUGAUUGGAGACGUUCCGCUGGUUGGGGCAAUCACCAUGUUCUUCAUCCGCCGACCUAAACUGGACAUUAACUGGACUGGUCUGACCAACUUGUUGGAUAUCCCUGGACUAAAUGCCAUGUCGGACACUAUGAUAAUGGAUGCAAUAGCCUCCCAACUGGUCCUCCCCAACCGUCUCACCAUCCCCCUGGUGGCCGACCUGCAGGUUGCGCAGCUCCGCUCCCCUCUCCCAAGGGGAGUCGUGCGUAUUCACCUGCUGGAAGCCGAAGAUUUGACCGCCAAGGACACCGUCAUCAAGGGUCUGAUUGAUGGCAAGUCUGACCCGUACGCUGUGCUUCGCGUGGGAACGCAGAUCUUUACCUCGCAUCAUGUGGACAGCAAUCUGAACCCGCAGUGGAGGGAGAUGUAUGAGGUGAUUGUCCAUGAAGUCCCUGGUCAGGAGUUGGAAGUGGAAGUAUUUGACAAAGACCCAGACCAGGACGAUUUCCUGGGCAGGCUGAAGGUGGAUCUUCAUAUUGUCAAACAAGCUAGAGUGGUGGAUGAUUGGUUCAAUCUGAAGGACGUCCCAUCUGGUAGUGUCCACCUCCGCUUGGAGUGGCUUUCUCUGCUGUCCUCUGCUGACCGGCUGACUGAGGUUAUCCAGAGAAACCAGAACUUGACCACCAAGACCGCUGAUCCUCCAUCUGCCGCCAUUUUGGCCAUCUACCUCGAUCAGGCUGAUGAGCUCCCUAUGAGAAAAGCCAAUAAGGACCCAAGCCCAAUGGCGCAAAUUUCCAUUCAGGAUACCACCAGAGAAAGCAAGACUUGCUAUGGGACCAACAACCCAGUAUGGGAGGAUGCCUUUACCUUCUUCAUUCAAGAUCCUCGCAAACAAGACAUUGACAUUCAAGUGAAGGAUGAUGACCGAUCUCUUUCCCUGGGCAACCUGACCAUCCCUCUUGCUCGCCUUCUGGGGGCCCCUGAACUCACCAUGGACCAGUGGUUCCAGUUAGAGAAUUCUGGUUCAGCGAGCCGCAUCGCCAUCAAAAUUGUUCUACGGGUUUUAUGGCUAAGUGACGAUGCCACACCCACCACACCCUCUCCUCAUCCAUUAGCCUCAGAGUUAGGUCCAGGUCAAGGGGGGAUCACAGCAGAGCUAAACCCGAUGGGCUUUGGUGGGUUAUCUAAACCUCCACCCUCACGGCCGCAGCACACCACACCCGACCCUGAGUUUGCAUCUGAGGGAGUGUUGCGAAUUCAUCUGUUGGAGGCCCAAAACCUGAUCGCUAAGGACAACUUCAUGGGGGGCAUGGUCAAAGGGAAGAGUGACCCUUACGUCAAGAUCCGUGUGGCUGGCAUCACCUUCCGCAGCCACACCAUCAAAGAGAACCUCAAUCCGAUUUGGAAUGAGCUUUAUGAGGUGAUUUUGACUCAACUUCCCGGUCAAGAGAUUCAAUUUGAAUUGUUUGACAAGGACAUCGAUCAAGACGACUUCCUGGGAAGAUUCAAGCUGAGCUUGCGGGAUAUCAUCAGCGCACAAUUCAUUGAUACGUGGUACACUUUGAACGAUGUCAAGUCAGGCCGAGUUCACCUGUUGCUAGAAUGGCUGCCCAGGGUGUCUGACCUAAUGAGGAUGGAGCAGAUCCUGCAGUACCAAUCCCAACAGUCCUUCCAAAACAAAGUUCUUCCAUCCGCAGCUGUGCUUUUCGUGUAUGCCGAGCGUGCUCAUGGCCUAUCGUUGAAGAAAAAUGGAAAGGAGCCCAAAGUUGGAGCAGAGGUUAUCUUAAAAAAUGUCUCACACAAAACUAAGGUCUGCGAGCGAUCCACCUCCCCGAGAUGGGAUGAAGCGUUUCAUUACUUGGUUCGAGAUCCCAGAGAUGAAACGCUCACAGUGAAACUGUCCCACAGCUGGGGUCAGAUUCUUGGGUCCUUGACUCUCCCCCUCAGGGAAGUGAUGGCUGAGCCGAACUUGGUGCUGGACCGGUGGCUCGCCCUGGACGGAGCUCUACCAGAGAGCCAGAUCCUAUUGAGGGUGACACUCAAGAUCCUGGACACUCAGUUAGCAGUAUGCCGCAGGGAUGACGGAAGUGGAGAAACAGUCAUUCCCAGGUGGGAUCCUUCCCAUCUGGACCUCAGGCACAGAUUCGCCAUGGCCAGUGAUACAUCAAGUGCAUCUGGCCAGGUGAAGCUCACCAUUGGGUACUCCACAGAAGAAAGCAGGCUUUUCAUCACUGUCCAUGCGUGCAGAGGCCUGACAGCAUGCUCCAAGGACGGGGCUGACCCUUACAUCACCCUCAUCCUGCUGCCCGACAAGAAAGCGACCACCAAGAGGAGAACCGCCACCAAGAAGAGAGACCUCAACCCAGAAUUCAACGAGAGGUUUGACUUUGACUUUUCUCUGGAGGAGGCGACACAGAGGAGGCUGGAUCUGUCUGUGAAGAACAGCGUCUCCUUCAUGAGCAGAGAGAGGGAGCUCAUUGGCAAACUGCAGCUGGACCUGGACCAAAUAGACCUGAAGACUGGCGUCACUCUGUGGUACGAUUUGAUACCAGAGUCCGUCUAGAGGAAUGAACGGUGAUCGCUCGUACUAUUUAACAUGUAGUGUUGCUUCUGUGACCUGUGAUUUGUGCGUUUGUAUAUUCAGCUUUAUGGCAAUUUCCAUCUUUGCUGAAGAAACCAAAAAACAAAGACAAAGCAUCUGCUCCACAAAACAGCAGUCCAUCAGUAUUUAUUCGAGGAAGCUAUUUUGUCAUCUCUGAAAUGUUACCUGUGAUGCAUCCUAAGACACAUUCUUCAGUAGAAUAUUGCGGCUGAAUAGAUAUUUAUUAAUGCGACUAUGUUGCACAGAAUACAACAUUUGUAUAUACAAUUAUAAAAGGUCAUAAUAUGAAAGGCUAUAAAAGUUAUAUUCUGUUGUUAAUAUUCAAAGCUAUGACAAUGCUAUGUAAAUUUGUACCCUCCGACACGACUGAAAGAGAUUAUUAGAGCUUCGUUUUUUACAGUCUUAAAACCAAUUCCUAAUAUUGUUUUGUGUGCGUUUUAUUAUUGUCUAAAGUAUAAAAAAACUUUGAACAGUGUUAUUGGGUUAUGUUCCAGACAACGUUUUAUAUGUUUAAACCAGAGAUUUAUGACUAAAUGUUACUUUUAUAACUGAAAGUAUUACAUAGUGAUCAGAGCUAUGACACUCCAAGCAAUCCUAAUCACUGUGCUUUUACCAAGACUUUGAUGGUACACAUGCAAUGCACGCUUUCUUGCAUACGUAGUGCUAAACGCAAGCUUCUAUAAGUAGGUUUUCCCAUGCAAAGCAGCUCUUUCCAUUAAAAGAAAUGAGUAAAUAGUACAAAAGUGCUGGGAACUUUGUGUUGCACGACUGUCAUCACUUCAUCACUUGUGUAUUUGAAACAUGUUCAAGAUAAAACUGCUGUUUUUGACAUCGUAUACAUCAGCUUUGAAGUUGUUAAUUAAAGUUUGCACUCCCAUGAACCAAAACAA